AUCGGAUGUAACCAUGCUGCGGGGGUGUUGAUGUGAAUAGAAUACAACAUUGAAGAGUAGAAGAAGUCCGAGGUUUGUCGUAGCUGUGUGACUUUAUCUUCUUGUUGCUCUGUGACAUCAAUCUACCGUAACAGCCAACAUGGUGACCAGCGCAGCCAUCCUCGUCGUGGCCAGCAUUACGCUGGCACUUGCCGUGCCACACACCCAUGUUAUCCACGAGCAGCGAGACGUCACCUCUCCACGAUGGGCGAAACGCGAUCGCGUUGUGCCGGAGAAGAAGCUCCCGAUGCGCAUCGCGCUGGCCCAGAGCAAUUUGGACACGCUGCACGACUUACUCAUGGACGUUUCGCAUCCUAGCUCCCUCAAUUACGGCAAGCAUUGGACUGCAGACGAAGUCGGCGACAGGUUUCAGCCGAGCAGCGAGGCUGUAGACGCUGUGACGAACUGGCUCAUCGACGGCGGUAUCCCGGCACAGAGCAUUGUCCAAUCUGAGAACAAAGCCUGGUUGCACUUUCACGCGCCCUCCCGCAAAGUCGAGGCGUUGUUGCACGCCGACUACCAUGAAUACCAGGAUGCAUUGACCGGCGGAGUCCUUCCAGCUUGCGAACGAUACCACGUACCCGCGGACAUCCAGAAGCACAUUGACUACAUCCAUCCCGGCAUCAGACUCGUGUCUCCCCGCACCAACCCAUCGGGAGGCAUUGAAAAGCGAGCGAUAGGCAGCAUCGUAACAGAAAAGCUUCCCUCGCCAACCAGUUUAAAAACGUGUGACAAAGCAGUCACCGCUGCGUGCAUCGCGGCGUUGUACAACAUCACCGAAGGUCGUUUGGCGAACCCAAAUAAUUCCAUGGGCAUCUUCGAAUCCGAGCUAGAUCCCUGGAAUCAGGUGGAAUUGAACCGCUUCUUCACCGCAUUCGCUUCUCGCAUCCCGAAUGGCACGCACCCGAUUGAUCACAAUAUUGACGGCGGAAUGGCAAGAACGAACAACAUUUCUCUCGCCGGCCCCGAGUCAACUGACAUUCAAUUGUCAUAUCCCAUCGUCUAUCCGCAAAGCAUCACUGUUUUCAACGUUGAUGAUCUACACUAUCAAAGCGAAGCCAAUGACACCUACACUUGGGGUUUCAAUACCCUCCUUGACGCUAUUGAUGGGUCGUAUUGCACGUACAAAGCGUACGGAGAGAAAGGGGACUUGCUCGGCAUUGAUCCGACGUACCCGGACCCUGGCCCGGAGGGCUAUAACUCCACCUUACAAUGUGGAGUGUUCAAGCCAACAAACGUGAUAUCCUUCUCGUACGCUGGCUGGGAAGCCGACGUGCCCAUUUCAUAUCAAUUGCGCCAGUGCAACGAGUUUGCUAAGCUUGCCUUGCAGGGCACCACAUUCGUCUUUGCUUCUGGCGACUCCGGCGUUGGCGACUACCCCGACACCCUCCCCGGUCAAGGUUUCAACGGGCCUACAGGAUGCCUAGGCCCAGACCGUAACAUCUAUAAUCCUGCAUGGCCUCUGACGUGCCCAUACGUUACAGGCGUGGGAGGCACGCAAAUCAACAACGGCGACACCAUCUACGACCCCCAGCACGUCUUCUUCCAGCCGUUCGAACCCCGCAAAAUGUACAAAAAUGCCAACGGAACGUCCGGUGGCGGUUUCAGCAACAUCCACCCCAUCCCAGACUAUCAGAAGAAGGCGCUCGACACUUACUUCACCCAACACAAUCCACCACAGAAGUCGUAUUGCAAGCUGGCGACUGACGAUCCGUCGAAUCCAUAUGCUCUCCCAAACCUGACGGCGCUGGCUGGGAACACUGGCGGCGUCUACAACCGCGCGGGACGAGGGUUCCCGGAUGUGGCGGCGAAUGCGGUGAACAUUGCCGCCUUCUUCGGACCCGAUUACUUAACUGCCAGUGGAACCUCGGGUGCCGCGCCCGUUUUUGCCAGCAUCAUCAAUCGCAUCAAUGAAGAGCGCUUGGCCAUGGGGAAGAAGCCCGUGGGCUUCAUCAAUCCCGUGCUUUACCAGCAUCCCGAGAUCUUGACCGAUAUUACGCUGGGAUCCAAUCCGGGGUGCUAUCAACCGGGGUUUAACGCGACACCAGGGUGGGAUCCGGUUACCGGCCUGGGCACGCCCAACUUCCCGAAGAUGCUGGAGCUGUGGAUGAGUCUGCCUUGAAUGAUGGAAUAGCCUCGAUGAAUCGAAAGCAUGUCAAUGUGGAGCACGGUAGCGCAAGUGGAGGAGAGUGGAGGUUGGCAAGAUCGUUGCUGCCUAUCUGUCAAAGAGUCAUGUAAUC